AGAUUUAGCCUCUAGAAUUAGUUGUAGUGCGCCAAGAUGGUUAUGGGAGCUACAGAUCCUGUUAGAGCGCGGUAUAGUGGUAAGGCCGCGGCUGUUCGGACUUCUUCCUCGUCUUCUUCUAGUGAUAACGUCGCUUUACCCACCAGAAUAGUGUCGGGGGGAGCCACUCGCUGCGUGGGGCGCGUUUCCAACGACGACUUUGAAACUUCUUCCUAUGAGGAGACUUCUGAUAGCUCAUUCUCGGACAACAGUGGCGAGGAAUUCGUCCCGCUAGCCUUUGGCUACAUUAACGGCAAUCCAAGGCGGCGCGCUGGUGCACCUGCUCGCACGCAGGACCCCACAGGCGCGUCGGAGGAAGUCGGCUCGCAAAGCUCCUUCUCCGAUGCCGGACCUCUGGAGGUCUUCUUCGAGCGUACGAAUGCAAAACGCACGUACGGCAAAGGUGCGCGCAACGUAGAGGAAGAUGAGAUUACCACGUCUCUGAGUAGCUUUGACGAUGAUACCUCUACGACUUCCGACGCCCUUCCAGUAGAGUUUGAGCGGAAGAAGAGGACACGAGGCGUGGGGAUGGUUCACAGCCCAACUUACGAGGUCUCAGACUCAGAGUCCACCAUCAGCCUUGACGACGAGGAUGAGGCGCCGCUCAACGCGCAACUCAUUUACACGCUUGUCAAGCGUCUCCGCAACCCGUUUGACGAGGUGACGCCGGAGGCGUUCGACUACGUAAAUUUCAACGACGAAAAUUUUAAGGAGGUGCUGGAACCUUUGAAGCAAAUUAAGGUCUGCCUUGAGCGCCGCGCUAGUUACCCCAUGAAGCAAAACGCGGAAAUUGAAAAGAAGAUCGAAGCUGCUGUUCAGUCGCUCCCGUCGCAAAAAGCGAUUGCCGCCAAGGUGCUGUCAGUUAAGAGCCGUCAAUUGCGGCCAGCGCAGCCGACAAGCCGCCUUUACCGCGGCAGCGAAAGUGGACCGCAGAACACUGAAAAUCUUCCGAAGCUUGUCGCACGUCUUCAGGAUCCAAAGGACGAGGUUCCACUGAGCGAGUUUGAGAAGAUAGACUGGACGGACCCCAACUUCGAGCCGGUGUUGCUCCCCCUGCGCCAGAUCCGAGCGUAUAUGGAGGCAAAGCAAGUCGUCAAGGCAAAACCGAUUGAGGGUGCGAUGAAACGUUCCACCGCCCUGGACGACAAGAUCAAAAUUGCCGUUCUCUCCCUGCCCGCUGACAAGGAGAUGGAGACGAAGGUGAAUUCACUCGCCAGCCGCCCGAUGACGCAAAACAUGGGAAACGGUGAGGCGAUUCGCGAACUCAUAAUGCGGUUGAAAGACCCGGAGCAGCGCGUGCCGGUAAGCGCGUUUCAGAAGCUGGACUGGAACGAUAGGCAGUUUAGCUCGGAGUUGAAGCCGUUGAUGCAGAUUCGUGCCUUUUUGGAGGCGAAGGAGUGCACUCAAAAGAAAGCUGGUGAGGCCGUGAUGGGGGGCGACACUAGGGCGUUAGACGACAGGAUCCGGACUGCUACCUUGUGCCUGCCCGCACAAAAGGAGAUGGCGGCCAAGGUGCAGGCUGUGAAAAAUCGUCAACUGAAAGCGGCGGACGGCCGGAACGGCACUCGCCUCGGUGGCGAGUCGAGCCCGGCGACAGCCGACAAGGCCAAAUCGGCAGUGGCUUCCGCACCUCCAGAGAGUCCCAAGGUCCCAACUGUGCGCGCAGUGCGGAGUCGUCCCAUCUCACGCGGUGUGACAAACGGUGAGGAAAUUCUGAACCUGAUCAAGCGGCUGAAAGACACGGAGACAAAAGUUCCGCUUUGUGCGUUUGAUGAGCUGGAGUGGAACGAUCGCAACUUCGCGCGUGAAUUGGAACCGCUACAGCAGAUCCGCAUGUACAUGGAGGCGAGGGAGGCACUCAAAAAGGUUCCAGGGGAAAAGAGCAUGUCGAGUGUCCCUGAACUCGACAACAAAAUCAAAACAGCCAUUCUCUCGUUGCCACCCGAGAAGGCGGUGGCGGUGAAGAUGCAGAUGCUCAGGGCGCGUGACAUGGCCCCUGUUGCGGACGAAGCAAAACCGCAAAAGGAAAAGGUCGGCAAGCUGUCCGCUCCUGCUGGAACGGUGCGGAGGAUGAAGGAUACCUCUCUCGCUGCAGGACAAGCAACGAAGAAGAAGUCAAAAGAAGGCAAGCUCUCUGCCUCCACGAGCCAGGUGAUGCAGGUGGGUGCUAGGGCCAUAUCAUCGCACCAUCACCAAUACAAGGCAAAGGAGAGCAAUGCGCUCUCAGAGCCGACAAAGAAAAUGCGACGCCCUCGCAACACGGCGAACCGCAGCGUGUCGUUCCUGAAAGUAGAGGAUCCCACGCCAGAGGAGAUUGAAGACCAAGAUGAGGCACUCGCCGAGGUCAGCAAGCCACAGCGUCAACAGGGCAAGGCGCGUCCGUCACCGAUGACCGCAGCACCGCGCGGCACCGCUGAGGCACAAUCGCGGCUAACGAAAAGAGCAGGGCGCCGGCCACGCAACCGGCGCCCCGGCAACAACGCCGUCUCGUUUAGCGAUCUGCACGAGGAGGAAGCCGGCGUCAUCAACGAGGAUGACGGGGACCUCACGGCAACGACGAAGCGCAAGUCACAGCGGCGCCGCGCUGCACAUAAGCCGGGCCGCAGCCUCUCCAUCAGCAGCCUUCCAGACAUGGAGGCAGGCGAGUUGAAGGAGGAACCGGUGCUACCGGACAAGCCCAGAGCAAGGGAAGCCGCGACAACCGCCGCUGCAAAGUCGUUGGCGAAGCCCAGUGGCUCGAAGAUGAAGAAGCGACGCGUGCGUGUGAACAACAACAACCGCUCGUGCAGCUUCUCGGAUGUCGCGAUGGACGAAGCUGCCGAGAUGCCGGACGCGAAUGCUGGCGCUCUGAAGGGCGCGGUAGGGGAACCCGCAGUGGCGAGGACCGGAAGGGGAAUGGACGCUGCACCGCCGAAGAUGACGCGCAAGCUAGUGCGUCGACGAAAACUAGGCGAGGAAGGUGGGACUCCGGCUCUGGAGAGGAACGGCGCCAGGACGGAGAAGGAGGGUGAGUCAGAAGCGAAGCCGCCAUCUCGCGGGAAGGGACGGCGCGCCAACGUGCAUCGCUCGCGCAGCGCCAACACCUCCAUGAUCAUAGACGAGGCCGGCGGCGAAAUUGUGGAGCUGCUAGACGAAACCCAAACCCUCUACUCUUCAUCCGGGAAGCCCACCCCUGCUCCGGAGAAGGUGUCAAUCAUGCCUGUCGGCGACCGAGAGUUGCCUGCGACUGCCCGCGCACCGAAAGCGAAGCAAAAGUUGUCCGAAACCGCAUCAGCGCAGCGCAAACGUCGGCAGCGCCUGCACGCCAGCAAGGAGUUGAGCAUCUCGGCCAUUCCCGAAGACGCGCCAGGCGAAAUUGUCGAAGACGAACGUGACACUCUCGUGGACACCGCGACCCCGGAAAGUGUCGUCUCCACGAUGCGACGCUCGCUGCCGCCCAGCGGCGGGGACAGGACUUUUCCGGCGGUGGUCGGCGGCUCGGGGCGGGGGUCCAUGCGGUACGGCGACCGCCCCAAUUCCUCCGUUCGUUCUUCCGUAGCUGGAAGUAUCAAGGUGGGCGUGCCGCCGAGUGCGGAGCCCAGCUUCAUGCCAGACGUCGCUGACGUGUCCCGCUUGCCUCCCCCGCGCAGUCUCCGUCGUUCCGCCGAACCUACACCGCGCACUACGACACCAUCGGUGAAGAAUACGAACAGUGGAGCGCACAUUCCUGCCCUGCAUGCUUCACGAUAG